ACAUUUGGAAACAUCUGUAAUUUGUUGUAGUACGUGUGAUAUGAAAAUGAGAAAAGGUAAUCAAAUAUUCUAAUAGAAUUAUAAUAAAAAAAAUAUGUGAAACAGCUGUGGAGCUGCAUUACUGGUCAGGUAAUUAGAUUCCAUCUGUUACGUAACUGCUGCCUUCCUCUUCAGAGGACAGGAACUGCAUUUAGCUUACAUGCUCUAAAGAGGCAGCACAAAACUAGGAGGAAUUCGGCUGUAAUACUAUCGUUCCACUUUGAUCAUCAUCUUCCCGUAAAUUCAGUGUAAUAUUGAUACAGCUCAAAGAGGUUGGAUAACUUCUUCCUGGUUAUGUGUUCGGAAGGUGAGGAUGGGUGUUACUGUUUGAGGAAUUAAAAGUCCUCCCAGUUGUUCUCUCAUUCAGACUGAGCUGGAGAUCAUGGAGGCUGGAUCUGACGUUUUGUCAAGGAACUUGGAAUGGUUCGUUUUCAACGGCUCCUCCACGAGUUCCCCCAGCAUGCUCAACGGCAGCACGCACAGUCCCUUGCCCGAAGAAUCCUACUUGUUGACGGGAAGACCACGUCGUGCUUUUGGGACUGUAGGGGUGGUCAUCAUCAUACUUAUCACUAGCUGCAUCAACCUUCUAACAGUCCUAGGCAACGUCCUGGUUCUGCUUUCAAUCAAAGUCAACCGCAAUCUCCGGACCAUCAACAACUACUUCCUUUUUAGUCUUGCUUGUUCAGACCUUAUCGUCGGUGCGUUCUCCAUGAAUCUCUACAUUGUUUACGCCGUAAAGGGAUACUGGCCUUUGGGACCGCAGAUGUGCGACUUGUGGUUGGUUGUGGAUUACGUGGUCAGUAACGCCUCGGUGAUGAACCUCCUUCUGAUCUGCUUUGACCGGUACUUCUGCGUUACCCGGCCUCUGAGUUACCCAACCAAACGUACCGCAAGGUGGGCAGGGGUGAUGAUCGCUGCAGCUUGGUUGCAGUCUCUGCUUCUCUGGGCUCCAGCUAUCCUGCUUUGGCAGGCUGGAAGGGACCGAAGCGAGGUCCCGGAGGGACAAUGUUACAUCCUGCUACUCGCUAACCCUGCUGUAACCCUGGCAACCACCAUCCCAGCAUUCUAUAUUCCUGUUGUAAUAAUGAUGGUGCUGUACACACGGAUAUCCCUAGCCAGUCAGAGACGGGUUUGUAAGUUGAAGUCUGAAUCCGCAAACUUGCUUAAACCGUCCAAGACAAGUGAAGGAACAUCUACCGCAAACCCUGACCUAGUGAAUGACAUUAAACCAGAUGAAGCGUGUUCAUUUAAACGAGAUUCAGACCUCGUGAGAAGCAAACGACUCUGCAGCACGCCUUCCGUAGAGUUCAGCAAAACGGACUACUCCUUGGAUUCAAGCCAUGAUGCCUCUGCGGAAGACCGAGGGCUGGAUGGAGAAACCUUGAGACCGAAAAGCUUGACCGAGUGUACGGAAACUAGCAGGACAACGCAACCUCACUGUUCUCCAAACCAUACUACCGUUCAGGUUCAACGGCAAACAUCCAAGGCCAUCUGCAAGAAUGCCAGACGGAAGGCUCUAAGAGAGAGGAAGGUGACCAAGACCGUCCUUGCCGUUCUCCUAGCCUUCAUCGUCACCUGGACGCCCUAUAGCGUUAUGGUUCUGAUUGGUACCUUCUGCCGCUGGUGUGUCCCUGAAAUUCUUUGGAUGGUGGGCUACUUUCUGUGUUACGUCAACAGCACGGUUAAUCCAGUAUGCUACGCGCUCUGUAACGCCACCUUCAAAAGAACCUUUAAACGACUGUUGAUGUGCAAGUUCAAUAAUCUGACGUUAAAAUGAGCUGGACUUCAUCAAAUCUUCAGUGUCUCAUCAAUGAUUCCUGACCAACCAAUGAGGAACCUGAUUUGCUAAAACGUUGUGACUGUGAUGGAGUUUUACCAGAGCCAAAAGUGAAAAUAAAUGUGUUGGUUGAGGUUAUGGAUGUUUAUCAUGCUGAUAUCGCAAACAUUACUUGUACAAUUUUAUGAAGUAUCGUAAAGUCAUUUUUAAGCUGUUUGCGAAUGCAUUAUUUUUAUGAGCACAAUGUUGGUUUACUAGAGCCAAAAGUGUAAAUAAAUUGAAGUAUUCAUUGUUUUGCAUGUUGCUGAUAUUGCAUGCAUUUGUAUCGUAAA